CCCCGCGUCUACCCGCUCUCUGUCACCCUGGUGUUUCGUCCACAAACCGCCGCUGCUUCGCUCUUUUCGCUUCAUGCUUCAGCGCCGCAGGAGUUAACGCGCGCCGGAUGCGCCUCGCUUCAGCGCGCCGCUCCACUUCGAAGAUGGCGUCGGAGGGAGCCAGCGGAGAGGCUCCGGGACAGUCCCUUACCGCGGCCGUGCUGACCAGCGCCGACACGAAAUGUGGUCUGAACAUGGAUAACCUGAGUAAGCCUGAGCUGCUGACUCUCCUCAGUAUCAUGGAGGGAGAGCUGGAGGCACGAGACCUGGUCAUCGAGGCACUAAGGGCCCAGAGGAAGGAGGUGUUUCUUCAGGAGCGUUAUGGACACUUUCAGUUGAGGGACCCGUUCCUGGCUCUGCAGAGGGACAUGCAGUGCUCCGUCUCUGGGGACAAAGACACUCGAGUCCCAGGCUCCAGCCCCAUGGCCGUGCUGCAGGCCGUCAUGUCCCACUGCAGGAAGAUGCAGGAGAGGAUGUCUGCACAGCUCGCCGCCGCCGAGACCAGGCACAAGAGGUUGGAGAUGGAGAAGCUUCAGUUGCAGAGCCUGGAGCAGGAGCACCGUAAGCUAACGGCGCAGCUAAAGGACGAGCGCGACAAGAACAAGCAUAUCGUCAUGAUGCUAGUGCGCGAGUGCAAGCAGCUAGCCACGCGCGUCGUAGAGGAGUCGCAACGAUUCGACGAACUACAGACGAGAUACGACGAGGAAACGCGUGGCUCCGGGCGACUACAGGAGGAGCUGGAAAACGAGAAGCAAAAAUCUCAACAAAUGGAGGCUACGAUGGAGAAACAGCUGUCUGAAUUCGACACGGAGCGGGAACAGCUACGCGCCAAGCUAAGCCGAGAAGAGACAGAGAACCAAAACUUGCGACAACAAAUCGAAACACUCAGGACUGGUCAGAGCGAUAGCAAAGAGGCUAAAGCUAACGAGCCCUCUAGCAAAAUGGAAAUUAGUAAAGUUGAAACUGCUUCGGUUUCCGUAGCGACAGAUCCGGUACCAUCCAGAACAAUAUCGUGCCAAACGGACAGCGAGGUCGAGGCGCCGAAAAAGGGCCCUCUGAGCAUCCCUGUGAAGCCAAGUCCAGCGAAUUACGUGGGGCUGAGUUUACCGAAAACCCGGGCGCUGAGUUCGGAAAACGGAUCAGAGUCGGCGCAGCACGCAAGUGGAAUACCGACUGGAGUCAGCCCUCGAGUCCAGGCCGCCAGGUACAAGUUCCAGGAGCAGGACCAAAAUCAGAACGGGUCUCAGAGCAGUCCUCCCGCCAGAGACCUCUCCCCAACCAACAGAGACACCAACUUCGCAGCCAAACAGCAGGCCAGGCACACGGUCACACAGGUUUUAUCGCGGUUCACGAGUCCCCCGAGCUCCACGCCGCUGCGACCGGGCCUUCCCCACUCGGCCUCGGAGAGCGGGCCGUUUCCGGGGCGACUGAGCCACCCGAUCGGCAUGAAGUCCCCCACCGUCGCCCGCAUUGACCGAGGGAACCCGCCACCCAUCCCGCCCAAAAAGCCGGGCCUGUCGCAGACCCCCGCCCCCUCCGUGAAGGCGGGGGAGGGGGGCAGGGGGGGACUAAAGAUCACACCACAACUGCCCCCCAAACCGGCGCUGGACCUGGUACCUCCGCUGGCCGCCUCUCAGACCAAGACGGCUGCCGCAGCAUGUGCCCCUCCCCCUCCAUCCUCCCCCGACUGCGUUAGCCUCCUGGCAGCAGCAUCAGGCUGCUGCCCCCCCUUAGCGCCCGGGUCGGGGGGAGCCUGGUCCGGAGCCCUGGACUCAGACCUGCUAAAGCUCCCUGCUGCUCUCCAGGAACACGCCACUUUAAUGUCAAUGUCAAUGCUGCUCAACCCACGACAAAAACUACAAAAACUACAACCCUCUGACUGUGAUCCCGCCCAAAAUCUCCCCUCCACCAAUCAGAACACUCUCCUGGACUGUGAUCCCACCCGCAAUGUGCUCUCAGCCAAUCACAGUGCUCCUUUGGCCUGUGGUUCCGCCCACAACGUACUCUCGGCUAAUCACAGUGUUCGUUCGGACUGUGAGCCUGCCGUCCCUGUUGUCUGCGCCAAUCACCGUACUCCCCUGGACUAUGAAUCCGCCCACAACCUGCUAUCAUCCAAUCGCAGUGCUCCCUCAGACUGUGAACACACCCACAAUCGCCUCUCCUCCAAUCACAGUGAUCCCUUAGACACUGAACCUACCCACUGCAUCUUCUCCUCCAAUCAUAACGCUCUCGUAGACUGUGAACCCGCCCACAAUGCACUCUCCGCCAAUCACAGCGCUCCCUUGGGCUGUGAACCCGCCCGCAACCUCCGUUCCUCCGAUCAGAGUGCGCUCUCAGACUGUGAACGUGACCAUAACGUCCUCUCCACCAAUCAUAUCGCACCCUUGGACUGUGAACCCGGCCGCUACCUCUCCUCAUCCAAUCACAACGCUCCACUCUUCGGCGAUCGGGAUUCCAUCGAAAACCUCAGAAUCUCCGCUCUCUUCGCUGCUGCUCAAAAUGGACAAACAGACUUUGUGGAGGAGCUGUUGUCUGUCGUCUCUGCUGAUGUCACUGAUCUGAAUGGACUGACUCCUCUGCACUUUGCCGCAGCUCAGGGACACUCCAGUAGUGUCUCUGCGCUCCUGUCCUCCAGGGCCCAGGUGGACGCUGUGUCCUCUGGAGGUGUGUCUGCCCUCACUCUGGCCUCUGAAGCUGGACAAACUCACUGUGUGCGCCUGCUGCUGGAGGCUGGGGCCGACCGCAAUGUCUCCACUACUGAUGGCUGCAGUGCCCUCCACGCCGCGGUGCGUUCAGGAAACCUCGAGCUUCUGCGUUUGCUGCUGUACCACACGAAUGACCCUCGCGUGACCCCUGACCUUCAGAGCGUUCCCAGAGUGAACUUGGACCCCACGGCGUCCCCCACUGUUGAGUCUAUGACACUGAACAUCUCCGCUGAACUUCUGAAUCAAACCAACACUGAAGGAUGGACCGCUGCUCACCUCGCUGCUGCUCAUGGGUUUAAGGAGUGUCUGGAGGAGCUGUGUUCUCAUCCUGAACAGAACCUGAACAUCAGAGACAAAUGGGACCGGACCAUCCACGAUCUGGCCACAGACGACUGCAAAGACCUGCUCGAGAACCUGAAUUCAUACCGCGUUGGUGUGGUGUUGCCUUGCUCAGCGGCUCCCGACGACUCUGCUCUGGUUGCCAGUUCUAUACCCCCUCUGGAUCAUUUAGACCUCGGUUCUGUGGUGAUAGACCGGUCCACAGCAUGGUCUCAACUCUGGCCUAAAGUGGUCCACAUAUUCAUGGACUACGUCAGGUCUCUGUGUGAAUGUCCAGAACUGGACCAGGAUCGAAACCAGGAUCAAGACAGACCUCUGGGACUCAGCCACCGCAGUAUCAAGUCUAUCUGCAUUGGAGACAGAGAGUGGAGUGUGGGUGAAGAGGUCUCAUUCUGUCCCUGGGAUCUGGUCCGAAAACUUCCAAGUCCCAGUGUCAGGGUCCGGCUCAAAGGUCUGUCUGAAUCAUGUCUGGAUGAAGUUGCUCUCUUCUCUCUCAUCCCUCUGUCCACGCUCAACAACUACGUACGACUGGUAGAACAGUAUGGAAACCUGAUGCUUCAUGGAGUCGAAGGCAGUCUCCAGGAAAACAUCGCUGCUGUGGUCGCUCACUGCAUCAAGAAAAAGCAGGAGGUGUUGGGUUUUCACUGUGAAGUCUUCAGAGUACAGGUGGACUCCAGUCUGACCAGAGAACAGCUCCUGGACUCCUUCAUCCAGGCUGGUCUUCUGGCUCCUGCAGGCUCAGAGGGAGGCGCUCGUGUUGUAGUGACAGUGGAGCACCUGGAGAGGGCGCUGUCUCUGUGUGCUCUGAUGGGAGACAUCUGCCACAGUCUGGACCAUAGAGGGCCACAGCACACGGUCCACACCAGCUCAGGCCCUCAUUGGUUGGUUGAAGGUGGUUACGUCAUCACCACGCUGUCUAAGCCCCGCCUCCAGGGCUCAGAGCUCCGCCUCCAGCAGCACCUGCGCUGGGUCUCCCUCCGAUGGGACCAAGAACCAGAGUCUGGACUUCUGUACCGGACCCUGAGAGCAAGACUACAGACUGCAGUAUGGUCCAAUGACAGCUCUCUGCACCGCUCGGCCUUGUGGGUAACGCGGUUCUGGCAGCGUCUGAACUCUUGUCUGUGUCGUCUGGGGACUACGGAGGCUCUGAUUGGACCUGAGCUGUUUAUGACCUGCCCCCUGUCCAGCGCCGAGGACACAGUCAGGUUUCUCUGUGCUCUGUGGAACUCUGUGGUGGUCCCACGAAUCGAACAGGCCAUCGUCUCCAGAGUGUCCCCCAGACGCUCCCCUCUCUCCCCCCACAGCCCCUCCUCCUCCUCCUCCUCGCCAGAGCCCACCGAGGGACAGACUCCGGGACAGAGAGCGCUGGUGAAGGCCGCUUUAAGCAUCGUCCUGAACAGAGCCGUGCUGCAGGACUGUCCCCUCUCCAGAUCAGAGAUGGACAAGUUCCUCCCAGACUUCACUGGCAGCUCUUUCCCUCUGUCGGCUCUGAGUCCAGACCCCAGACCCGUACCAAGAUCAGAAUCUGGACCAGGAUCUGGACCUGGAUCUAAACCCGGGUCUAUGCCUGCGAGACUCUGGAGGAGGAGGGAGCACAGGCUGAGACGCUCCAACACGUCCCCCAGGAAGAGAGCUGUUUCUGGGUCAGGCCUCAGCGGAGCGGGGGGGUCCUUCAGGGAGGCUUCUCAGUCCACCUCUGACGUCCGCUUCCUCUCCGGUGAUCAGCUCCACAGAGAGGGAAUGGGGCUGUGUGUGUUUUCAGACGAAGAGACAGAUCUGAUCAGAGAAUUACAGACCAUGUGCUCCAGCAAAUCUGAGCCAGACAUCAGCAAGAUCUCUCAAACCAAAGAAAUGUUCCCCAGUGAAAGCUCAAGACAACAGCAACAGCAGCAAAGAAACAAGACUCCUCCUGUCUCUCCAUCCAUCCCUCGUUCCAACUCGCGCUUGCCCCUCCCAACCACCAGAGUCUCCCACCAUCACCACCCCACACGCCCCAGUACUACAAAUACUACAGCUAUUACUACGACGACUACUAAUACUACAACUCCAGAUGACAACCAACAUUUUAUCAACAACAACCACCUUCAAAACCAGAGCCGGCGCAGCAGCGGAGACGACGUGUGGAUCCUGCAUGAGAACUACAUUACCCACAAUCCCUCUCUCCUGCCUCGUUAGCGCCCCCCAGCUGUAAAGACUCGUAGGACUCUUCGGACUUAAUCGUGAUUGUUGUGGUGACUUCGUACUGAAAUUGUGGGACCAUAGUUUUAUUAAGAUGAAUUUAAAAAGGCUUGGAUAUUUAGGAUUUAGAAUUAUGAAAUUGAAAGUAUUUGAAGAUUUAAAGCCGCACUGUGUAACUUUUAUAGUGGAAGGAUCUGUUACCUGCUUGUCUCCAUGCAGAUUGUGACUACGUCGUUGCCUGGAAUGUUCCGCAGUAUGGCAUUGCACUUAUUCAUCUUACAUUCAGUUACAAGUGUUUUAAAAAUGCAUCCUUGGCGUAGUUUGUGUAUAUAAAUGGCCACUGCCUUUCAAAUAGGAAGUGAGCAUGGAUUCACUUCCGGCUCCAUCCACUCUGGCUCCAAUUCACUUUGUACUGAAAAACUAAUUUUGUCAUUUUGGUCUUAAAUUGUUCAUAUUUACCCACUCUACAUGAUGCUGUGAUUAUUAUUUUGAUAUUAUGAUCGUGAAGCAAGAUAUGAACAUUAUUCUUUGUCCUGGUAGCGAAGGAACUUGAUGAUGAAGGGCUUUGGUUUGCGUGCACCCUGUUCACCAGAUCUGGGCCCGUGAGUGCGGUGGGUGUGCUCUAUCUCCGGUGGGCUGACAAAAACUCCUGAGCCCGUCACAGUCAUGAUGAAAUCCUACUUUUUAUCAUUUAACCAAUCACUGUUAUUUGGUAGUCACGUAUGUAAUGUGCCGCUAACGGGACUAACUGUUAUUUUAAGCUUUUCCCAAAUCCUGUAGGAAGAAGGGCAAUGAUUUCUUUCCUCUUGAUAAAAUUCACCAAACAUUCUUUCUGGUUCGUUCUGAUUUUAAAUCCUCAAUCUUGGGAAUCGUUGCCAACACAGAAUAUAUGGUUUUUAGCUGAUUGACUGGUGCCCAAACUGGCACUUCCAGGGUUUUUGCAAACCAUCUAUUGUAUUCUGAUUCCUGACUUAGUCCCUGGAGAGAAAUGAAAUUGAGCGGAGGCAUUAGGUGGCUCCAGCCUGGCCACCUGUUUGCUGCCCUUGGGGAUGUUUAUUAUCCGUAGGUUGGACCAUCUGGAACUAUUUUCCAAGUCAUCAACGCUGUCCUGGAGUGCUGUAGUUUGUCGUCGGUCAGUUUUGACAGUUGUUUCCAAGUCGUUUAGUCUUUUAAAGUUGUCACUCACUCUCACUUCAGUUUCAGAUAGGCGACUGUCCAACAAGUUGAGUUUCCCUCCCAGCGCCUGCACUGAUUGGUUCAAAGAUUCAGUAGAAGUGUCAGUCAGUUUGGCCAUGUCUUUUUUGAGAUUCUCGCGUUGCGCAUUUACUAAAGCUUCGAUGUCGCUUUUGGUGACAGCCAUGGUCUGAUCGCUACCUCUGCUGCUUCCAUGCACUCAUUCUCCAGGUCUGGAGCGGCGGCUGUGGCAUCUGUAGCGGUGGAUGGUAGCUUAGCCGAUGAGGUCGCAGCUCGUGUCAGUGGGGGUUGUUUCUGUUUUGACUGGCCCAUCAUGCAAUAUAUUUAACAAAUUCACUCUCUUAUUAGACGCAAGUGAAGUCGAUGCUAUAGGCUUUUAAGUAAGGUUGUACAGGUUUUGGAGUAGGAGCCCCUCACUGUUCACGCAUUCACUGUUUCAUUAAACCAGAGAAGAACAUUAUUAACGUUUUUAGCUGACAAAUCAGGUGCCUUCUUUUCCCCAAGAUCGUUUCUGUUAGCGUUAACAACAGGUUUGAUUGACAGCAUUGCUAAGCACCCACUCCCUGCUAAACCAGCGGAUCGGGCAGGAGUGAGCGUUACCUUCAACAGCCUCGCUCUGGACUGUCUCUUUAGUUGCUAUGCUCACGGUCGGAAUUACAAACAUGGGACUUGGCUUCAAAUUUGCUCCUAUAACUGCAGCAUCGAUGAGCUUCAUUUGACUGGAGCUGAACACUAUAGGUGAUGUCGCACUCUUCUUCUUUACAGAUCUGACCCGUAACUUGGCCGUUCCAGGCAAAGCAACAGCAAGUAACAUCUCCAUGGAAACAAGCAGAAUGUAGACGCUCCACCAGAAAAGUUACAUCGCGUGCCUUUAAGAUGUGAAUUAAGAUUUAAAGAAAGUAUUUUGUGAAAGUGAACGCAUUUGAAUAGUGUUAUAAAUAGGUGGUUUCAGAAAGCAGAAUGAAAUGAUGAAUGAAUAAAAACCAUGACGACGCAGUGGCGCAACGGAUUAAAUAUUCGCCCAUCGAUAAGAGGGUCGGAGGUACAAAUCCAGUGCAAAAUACAUACUGUUAUUGUGUCGCCGGGCAAGAUGCUUUGUCACGAUCACCAUUGCCAACUCUAUCUUUAUUUUAACAAGAAGAAAUUCAAAUCAGGUACAGGUAAUCCUUUUGUUUUUUAGCUUUAUAAGAUGUUAUAAUGUCGUUCUCUCAUCAAAAAAAAAAAGCCUGAGAGAUUUUAGGUGUCAUCCAUGCAUGUUUGAGUAAUCUAGCGAUCUCUCAAGGGCCUUAUUUGAACCAUCCUUAGUAAGAUUCUGUGCAAAGCUCCGCCCACAAGCCACACGACAAUUUUCCAUAAAUAUGCAAAUACAUGACACGAAACUGUACACAGCAACUUGACAAAUCUGAAGCACUCUGAAGGGGGAGUGACUUAACACAGGGAGCAAAGAGAGGGGGGACUUUAAAACAUGUUAAUACGUUGUUUUUGGCAAAUAGAGCAUUUUCAAAACAAUAAAAAGUAACAUGGUGACCUAAAUGUGUUAUGUGUUCACAGUUAAUACCGAAUGAACGCAAACUUAACUCUAAACCCGGAGUUAUUUCAAUCUGCUUUCUGAAACUUGCCUCUAAAAAUCUGUGCUGGCUUCACUAAAUAAAUAUAUUGAGUAUUUAAAUUAAAAUCUGUAUUAAACAAUCGUAUUAUUGAGCUGUUUUUAGGCAAACGUGGAAGAUUUUUGCUGUUUUAUCCGAGCCGUGAAUGUUUUCGUUGAAUUCAGUAAUUUUUGUGUUUUCAAAUUUUAAGUUGAAAUGCUGUCGAAAUAAUCAGGGUUUAACCAAAUCUAUAUUGUACAUAAGAGUUGGUAGCGAGGUAGAUUUCUGUAUGUGGCUUGUACAGUGAAAAUGACACUUAAAAUUCUGAAAAAUGUUGGAAAAAAACAUCUAAAAUUGUGAAAUUGUAAUUGUACAUAAUGUUUGUAGAAAUAUGACUUUGUUUUUAUGGGAGUUUUCCACUUGUUUCAAUGUGGCAAUAAGUCCAAAAUGAACCAGAGAGAGAAGAGGAACUAUAUAAUUAUUUAAAUGAAAUUAAGUAAUAUUUUAAACAUUUUUAAUAUGUCAUAGGAGCUGAUAUAAGCGGGACUAAACACCUUUUCAAAUUUCAAAUAGAGCUGUUAAACUGGGCAGUACCUGAAGGACUA